GGGCUGUCCAUCGCGACACCGCUCACCGAGCCGGUAAGAGACAGGGGCGUCCAGUUCCGGACAGUUGGUAGGUUGUCGCCACCACCGCAAAGCCGCCCGCGAGGCACUCUGGGAGACGGAGUUCGAGUCAGGCCGCCCGAGGGGCAUUCUGGGAGACUGAGACACGCCUGUCAAGGGGCCCGCAAAGCAUUCUAGGAGAUGGAGUCCCGCCUGAGUCUGCCCGUGAGGUCCUGUGGGGGACAGGUGACAAUCUCCCCAUAGAGUGACGCGAAGACCACUCUGGAAGACAGUUUCGUUAGGCCGCCCCGGGCACUCUGGGGAGACCCUCGGAACCCCGCGCCGACCCACAAAUCGUGAGCCACCCAGAGACCCCCCGCAUGGGUGCAUCCUCUCCCUUAUAAGCAGCUCGGAGAAGACACUGCAGCUGGUUCUAUUUAAUGGCUGAGAAAAGCCAAGCCAGGGCGAACUGCUGUCUGACCGCCUUCGCGGCCGACCCUGAGACUGUCGGGGCGAUGAUGGACACCACAAUGUCCGGCUACCGACUAGCCGAAUUGGCCUGCUGUGCUAACCUGUGGUUCCCACGCGCCCCGACGCUCCCACUGUGCCCUCAAUCCCGGAAGCGGAACUGCCUGCGCGUGAAGGGCGGGACCAGGACGGCCUGAUAUUGGCCGCCCGCCUCUGUGGCGUUCUGGUCCUGCCGCGCGCUGAUUGGCCGCGGAACGUCAACUCUCGGUAUUUGAAUCUGGGGCGGGCUCACUCAGCGGCCGUCGGUCACGGACUGCGAGAGUAGAGCCGGUUGGAAUUCUUUCAUCUCGGUUUCUCCAGCUCGGAUUCCUAGCGUGGAGCAGGGACGCCGCUCCUCCCUUGCUGUGGGCGUCGGCGCGGGCCCUCAGCAGUACGCAGAAUGAGUCUGCAUAUCUUAAAUGACGAAAAUGUCCCCAGUGAAAAAAGUUCAGAAAGCUGUGACUUCCUGUUUUCACAACCAGAACUUACCGGAAGAUCCUCUGUUCUUUGUCUGUCACAGAAAGAAAAUGUGCCACCCAAAAACCAGGCUAAAGCUGCCAAGGUGACUUUUCAGACACCUCUUCGGGAUCCACAGACGCGCAGGAUCUUAAGUCCUAAUGUGACCAACAAACUCGAGACUUGUUUUGCUCUGGAUGGCGCUGUUGAAUUAGAAAAGAAUCAGUGUGUCUGCUUACAGGAAGAGAAUCAGCUGCCGUUAGCCCCAGUGGAUGAUACACCUGUGGUUCAGUUGGCAGCCGAGAUCCUAAAAGCAGAAGGUGAGGUCCAGGUGGGAAUCUUGAAUUCUUCAAGUACUUCAGCUUCCACAAGUUUUCUGGACAGUGAAUUGGUAGCGCCUCCUGCUGAGCCAGUUCUGGAGCCUUCUCAUCAGGGACCAGAGCCUACCAUGGAUGGCAAACUGUUGGCGCCUCCUGCUGAGCCAGUUCCGGAGCCUUCUCAUCAGGGACCAGAGCCUAUCUUGGACAGUGAGCUGGUGGCGCCUCCUGCUGAGCCAGUUCUGGAGCCUUCUCAUCAGGGACCAGAGCCUACCAUGGAUGGCAAAUUGAUGGCGCCUCCUGCUGAGCCAGUUCCGGAGCCUUCUCAUCAGGGACCAGAGCCUAUCUUGGAUGGCAAACUGUUGGCGCCUCCUGCUGAGCCAGUCCCGGAGCCUUCUCAUCAGGGACCAGAGCCUAUCUUGGACAGUGAGCUGGUGGCGCCUCCUGCUGAGCCAGUUCUGGAGCCUUCUCAUCAGGGACCAGAACCUAUCUUGGACCUAAAGGAAGAGAGCUUCAGAGACCCAGCAGAAGUUCUAGGUACUGGCGCUGAAGUAGAUUACCUGGAGCAGUUUGGGACAUCUUCGUUUAAGGAGUCAGCCUGGAGGAAGCAGUCUUUGUACUUGAAAUUUGAUCCCCUCCUGAAAGAAAGCCCUCAGCGGCCAAUGCCAGUGGUCCCAGUGACAAAUAGUGAACAGGAUGCAGAUGAGCCUGGCUUGGGAAAUCCAAUAGAAGGCAAGCUUGUGGACUUAGAUUUCUCAGGAGCUCCGGAUGUUCCAGUGCCAGGCCCACCCUUGUGUGUCCUUGAGCCUAAAGGCCUCCUUCUGACUGAGCCUUUUGAAGAUGUGCUACAAUACAGCCAGAAAGACCUAGACGCACUGGUGAAUGCAACACAACAGGAGAACUUGGAGCUGAGGAGCAAGUAUGAGGACCUCAACAGGAAGUACUUGGAGAUGGGGAAGAUCAUGGAUGGGUUUGAGAAGAUUGUGUACAAAUCAAUGGAGGAGGCUGAGAAACAGAAGGAACUCGCAGAAGACAAAAUCAAAAAGGUUCAAAAAGAGAGAGACCAACUUAUUGCAGACCUGAACUCCAUGGAAAAGUCUUUCUCUGACCUUUUCAAGAGGUUUGAGAAGCAGAAAGAAGUGAUUGAAGGCUACCAGAAGAAUGAAGACUCUCUGAAGAAAUGUGUUGAGGAAUACAUAGCAAAGAUUGAAAAGGAGGGCCAGAGGUACCAAGCACUGAAGGCCCAUGCAGAAGAGAAGCUCAACCUGGCUAAUGAGGAGAUUGCCCAAGUGCAUAGCAAGGCCCAAGCAGAGGCACUGGCCUUCCAGGCAAGCCUAAGAAAGGCACAGAUGCAAAUCCACUCACUGGAGAAGACUGUGGAACAGAAGACUAAAGAAAAUGAUGAACUGACCAGGAUCUGUGAUGACCUCAUCUCUAAGAUGGAGAAGAUCUGACUGCAACCAGCCAUCACCAACCCUCUGUCUGCCCAUUUCUUUGUCUAUCUGAUUUGUCUUUUGUGUGUGGUCUUUAACCCCUAUUCAUUCCUAAGUUAUAUUACCUUGAAGAAUAAAGUUUCUUAAUUUCAAACUCAAAAUCAACCCAGGUCCUGUUGUUUAUAACAAGCUCACUUGCCUCUGUUUUUCCAGGUAGUUCAGCUUGGCUGAAAGUUUCUUUCUUUUCUUUUUUUUUUUUAAUUAUUUAUUUAUUUAUUUAUUAUGUAUACAAUAUUCUGUCUGUAUGCCUGAAGGCCA